UACGUAUAUAAGUGACGGAGGAAACGAAACAUGGCGUCAUUAACACCACGCGUGGAUGAACUUAUAACUCAUUUUAAGUCUCAUAAUAAAAUAAGGGAGCAGCAAAGUCACUCUGCAAAAGUUCAUAGCGUUGGUUGGAGCUGCGACGGCCGAUUGUUGGCCUCAGGAUCAUUCGAUAAAUGUGUCUGCAUAUUUUCAUUGGGAACUGACCGAUUGAAACAGGAGAUUACCUUUCGUGGUCAUGGAGGUAGUGUUGACCAACUUUGCUGGCAUGCAUUUCAUCCAGAGCUCUUGUCAACUGCAAGUGGGGAUAAAACAGUCAGAAUUUGGGAUACACGAGUGCAAAAAUGUACAGCAAAUAUUGGAACACGUGGUGAAAACAUAAACAUAUCAUGGUCACCUGAUAGCUACACCAUAGCAGUAGGAAAUAAAGAAGACUUGGUCACUUUUAUUGAUGCACGAGUGAUGAAAAUUCGUGCUGAAGAACAAUUCAAUUUUGAAGUUAAUGAAAUCUCUUGGAACAAAGACUCAGACACUUUUUACCUCACUAAUGGACAAGGUUGUGUCCAUAUACUCAGUUAUCCUGACUUGGAGUUGCUGCACGUUAUUAAAGCACAUCCAGGAACUUGCAUUUGUAUUGAAUUCGAUCCUACUGGCAGAUAUUUUGCAACUGGAUCUGCAGAUGCAUUAGUUUCCCUUUGGGACGCUGAUGAGCUUUGUUGCUUAAGAACGUUUUCUAGACUGGAAUGGCCUGUUCGAACCAUUUCUUUCUCACAUGAUGGACAGUUACUUGCUGCAGCUUCUGAAGACUUGGUUAUUGAUAUAGGAGAGGUUCAGACUGGCGAAAAAGUUGCUGAUAUUCCAGUAGAAGCUGCAACCUUUACAGUUGCAUGGCAUCCUAAGCAGUAUCUUCUGGCAUAUGCUUGUGAUGAUAAAGACACUUAUGAUAGAAAGAGAGAUGCUGGCAGUCUCAAAGUCUUUGGUUUUGCCAGUGAUUAACUUAAAACCUCUUUGAACGUUUUGUAAAUAUUUUGUACAUUAGCUGUAAGAACAACAGGAUCAUGUGAUCAUAUUAAUAAAGAUACAAUUAGAUAGCCUGAGUAUUACAUCGCAGUCUUGUCGUACGGAGUUUGUAAUACUUGAAAUUAUUUAAGAUAUAGUUUCAAUAAUACAGAAACUAUCCUUUAAUUUAUUUUUCGUUUAUUGUUAUGAAUGUAUUAACAUAUUUCUCAUCUAUAUAAAAAAUUGCCGUAUACUGGA